AUGGUGUCAUUCUUUGGCUUGAAACUUGGUAGUGAUAGGAAGAAGGCCCAGACCAAACAGGCGCAAAGCAAGGUACCGCCGCAGAAAUGGGAUCGCAUCGAUCAAAACACCCUGGGCGAGGGUCAAUAUUUCGGCCACAACUUCUCGCGACCACAAUUUCCUUCGUCAACUGCGAGACCGGGAACUGCAAAUUCAACCAGAAGCACUUCAAACUGGCGAGCUGUGUUCAAGAAUCCAGCAAUGACCUCAUCCAUGGUUGACCUGGCACCUCCCCAACGACGACCCAGUGUAGGAAGCUUACGCCAUGCUGCUUCGGAUUUAAAUCUCAGGCCUGGUACAGCUUUGCCAGCUCCAUUAGGUGGCAGCGGACUUCGGCCCGGCACACCAAGUCGGCCGUCCGGGGCUGUGAAAGCAGACUGGGUGAACCCUUUGGACGUUCACUUCUGCAGAGACCCGGCGAGCAGUCGCCCUGGAACGCCACUAGGAUCAAGUACUACUGUCGUUGCUGCUCCAACUACCAGCGUCGCCGUCCCUGCUUCUCCGAAAAACCGGUUGGGCCAGUUUGACUUUGGUCAAAGUGCUGGUGGCGAAGAAGCUAGCAGGAAUAUCAAGACAAAUAGCCCACAAACAUGUGUCACUAACUGCAAGCCCGAUGAAGAACCCGCAACACAAAACGGGUAUCCGUCACCUCCCCAGUCUGACAGAAACUCGGAUAGGGCAUUCUCACCCGUAAAUGUCCCCGCGUCCGAAAAGCUUUCGUCCAGCAGCAAACGCAACGCUCCGAGCGCCCUGAGGAAGGUGGAUGUCCCUGGACCAAAAGCUCUGCCCAGUCCGGCACCGUCUGUUCAGGGGUCAGGUGAAGACCGGGCCGAUAGUCCUGUUGUUCGAAAUGUGCCGGCACGACGAGACACGUUUGCUUUCCAUCAACCUCGGAGACGAAGUUUCACUAUGGAAUUCGAGGACAGCCAUAGAGCAACGAUGAUGAAUCCACCAAAGGAAGGAUUUAGCGGCAACUUUGCCGACUUUGAUUUUGGCGAAAUCGUGUCCAAGACGACGAGUAACACGAGCGUUAAGGAGGAGAAACCCAAUUUGGACGUGACGACAAGCCAAAUUGCAUCGUCUAAGCCGACAAGAGAAUCCCCCGUGGAGCCUGCAGCAACAUAUACUAGGUCUACUCCAUCCCCAUCAAUAAGGCAAGCUGACCGUGAAGGGUCAAAAUCUCCGGCACCGACCUACGUUUCAGAGGAUCAGGUCGCAAAUUCCACAUUGAUUGACCAAUUACCUAAGCCACCAAGGGAACCCGCACUUCGACCUUUGGGUCCUCCCCCAGCUGCUGCUGGUGCGCAUAAAGGGCCUGGUUCUGGCCCAAGAAUAAGCCCUCGACAAGGCUUUCAAUCUCGAUUCGAUGCAGAGAGAUCAUCAAGGGCACCCCCGCCGAGGCCAUUGCGACCCGUGGUGCCGGUUUCUGCGGCAGAUCACGUCGAAUCCGCGAUCAUGAGUCCCUACGGCCCGCCACCAGACUCAGGAAGUAGCUAUAUGAGAGACGAGACUCCGGCAAGACCAGCCGAGAAGUUACCUUCAAGCCCAUUCUCAAGACCGCCCAUGGAAGGAAAUUUCCCUGUGACCAAGGGGUUACCGCGUGGGAGACGACCGGGACCUCCUCCGCUCAAGUUGGCAACGUCUAAUGACGAAUAUGCAUUGUCACUGCCAGCGUGGUCAGAUUUUGACCGUACAGACCCUCGUCUCUCAGCUAUGCCUGCGCCUCUGACGCCAAUUCGUCCAAAUACAAGCCAUGGGACAGGAUCAGGCAUUUCUACGCCGACAUCUGCCACAGCGCCUCGACUUCCGAGUCCGACAUUCUCAUCGUUAUCAAAGUCCAUUUCCACGUCUAGCCCUACAUUUGGCGCAUUCGAAAUUAACUUUGAUGAGCCUCUCAACUCGCCCACGUUGGGCGGAUUCCCAUCUGUAGACAGACAGCCAAGCACUAGUGCCGGAUCAAACUCGAAGAGAGUUGAGGCGAAAAGGGCACCACCACGACCAGCACCGGUUACCUUGCCGCCCUCGGCUACUAAGGAUGGCGGCACAGGCAUCAAGUCACCCGCGUUGACGGAGUUCCCUGGAACAUUUAUUUGA